UCUCAUAACAAUCCACUGGAUCCAGGACCAUAAAGUCAAAUAGAUUUUAUCAAUUUUGAUCAAUCACCAUGACUACUAAUUGAUUAUUCUCAUAUUUGAUCGGUUAAUUGACGAAAAGAAAAUCAAAAUCAAGUUUCAAUUGCGGCGAACCUUUAACCUAAUAAACGAACGUAUAAAUACCAUGGCAACUGUUAGUCAAUUAAGUCAAUUACGCUUUUCCCAGAGAGAUUGUUUCUUCUUGAAUAAGGCUAAUCCUGAUCUUGUGGAAUCAAUGGUUUUAAAUAGUGUUAACUCUGUUGUGAACAAAUCUCAAAAUGAGGUUUAUUCCAUUAAAAUGCCGACAUCUGAAUCAUCGAAAAUGGAAACAAGAAAAAUUCUAUCUCAAGAGAUAACCUUAACAUCGAAAGCUCCACUUAAAAUUCUCGAGCUACUCGAAUCUUCUACCAAUAGUGGUAAUAUCGACGAUUGUCUUAUCGCUGAGUGUUGCAAGUACCUUAAAAAGAAAGGUAAAGAAUUGGACAAUGGACCAAAUUCGAUUGCUCUUAAUCAUUACUUCGAAACCAUGCGUAACCUUUCUCGUAAUCUUGCUGUGGACUCUGCAAGUCGAACGAAACUUCUAGAAAUAAUAGAGCUUCGAUCACUGGGUUGGAGGACUCCUGAAGAGAUGGCAGCCUAUUAUGCCACUACCGAAAGAUCAUGUGAUAACCAACAUCAAUCUCCAAGCAAUUUAUCAACAUCAGCCUCAUCUACAACCUUGAGCACCACCAAUAGUAACAUUAUUAUUAGUAACAAUAAUAACAAUAAUGUUAAACAAUCGUCACCUGAAUCCACAGACAGUUCGAUGUCACCGUCAUCAUCUGGAGAUGUGAUCAAACAUUCUGGUAAAUUUCAGAAGCCUGUUAAAGUUCCGGGAAAAAAUUUCGUAAAAGAUGAAUUCAUCAUAAAGAACUGUGACUCAGGAAAGGUCAUGGGAAUCAAAGGAAGACGAGUUCAUCUUAUUGAAGAAUUGAGUGACACUGUCAUCUCUUUUCAAAGAGUUAACCCUGGAGCGAAAGACAGAUUACUUCAGAUUACUGGUCCAGACGAGUCUUCUAUUAAUAAAGCCAAGUAUUACAUUGGAGAUACAAUUAAGCGUAAUGCCUCGCCAAUACCUUGCGACCAACAACCACCACAACCGCAAACUCAUCAUCAACAACAACCAGUUCCCCUUAAUUUAUCUCGACAUAUAACUUCAUUUAGUACUCCAGCUGUACACAAGCUUCUUGCCGAGGGACAAUUUGACGACGGUUUUGUUCAAACAAUUACUGUGGGAAGUGAGGUUUUGGUUAUCUCAAGUUCUCAACCAAUAUUGACAAAAGAAGCCAAAAGUGUUCUCGAAAAGUAUUUCCAACGGUCUCAAACGGAUCCAAUUUUUAAAACUUAUGCUGAAUCAGAAAGUGACGACUCAGAAAUAUCUGUCAAACCAGCCAAGUCUAAUGGAUCCAAUUCUGGUGUAACUUCAAGCAAUAAUCAUGCAAAUAUUGUUGAAAAGAAAUAUCAAAAAUCAGCUUCUCAUGGAUCUCUUGCUUCAUCUAACGGUCUUUCCCCCAAACUGGCCAAAAUUACACCCAAGGAUGUAAUCGACAGUUCCAGGAAAAUUGUUUACGAUCGAGAGUUUCUAUUGAAAUGUGCCAAAUCCGAACUUAGUAAAGUUCAAUCCAAUGCCAUUAAAUUAGUCACCCAGCAAAUCCCCGAUAUCGCUCGUAAGUCAAGACAAGCGCGAGCAAAUUCAGUUGAAUCUGCUGUGGCCUAAUCAUCUUUAUACCAAAGCCAAAAUCGAUACAGAAAACGAUGCAAUCAAUAAGCAAUUUAAAUCCCAAAAUAUAAACCAUUAUAUUCAAAAUGAAGGAAUACUCUGUUACCAACCAGAAAGAUCACCAAAUUAAUUGAAUUAAAUUCAAUUAUUGGUCAAUUUUCGUGCCUUUUCUGAAAUCAAAUGUUUAUAUGAACCAUGUUCUCACCUACAAGUUGUAUUUAAAAAUUUUCAAUUUCCGACAACAAUAAACAGAAAUCAAAUUAAUAAUAAACUUCGAUGCCAAAAAGAAAAUUAUGGAAAAAUUAA